GCAACUGCUCGGAUGUCGAAGAGGAAGGAGCCAUGCAGGGGGAAGGAGAAGAGAAGGAAGGAGAAGAGGAGGAGGAGGAAGAGGAGGAGGAAGGGGAUGAAGAAGAGGAGGAGUAUGAACUGGAGGAGGAGGACCCACGGGAGGGAAAUGAGCAGAAUGACUACGAUACUCGCAGUGAGGCCAGUGAUUCCCAGUCUGAGUCUGUGUCCUUCUCGGAAGGAGAGUCUGUGCAUUCAGCCUCAGGCUCAGAGGCGUCAGGUUCUGAAAAGAAACAUGAGAAGCUGUCCUCUUCUGUCAGAGCUGUGAGGAAGGAUCAAACCAGCAAGCUGAAGUAUAUCUUGAGAGAGGCCAGGUUUUUUCUAAUUAAGAGCAACAAUCAUGAGAAUGUUUCCCUGGCUAAAGCAAAGGGUGUUUGGUCCACUUUGCCCGUCAACGAGAAAAAACUCAAUGCAGCUUUUCGCGCUGCUCGAAGUGUUGUGCUAAUCUUUUCAGUUAGGGAGAGUGGAAAGUUUCAAGGUUUUGCUCGGCUCUCGUCUGAAUCUCAUCAUGGAGGUUCUCCGAUCCACUGGGUUCUACCCGCAGGCAUGAAUGCCAAGAUGCUUGGAGGAGUCUUCAAGAUUGACUGGAUUUGCAGGCGGGAAUUACCUUUCACAAAAACGGCUCACCUCUCC